UCCUAGGAGGCUCAGGUGGGUGUCAAGGGCCGGGACCCCCUUGUUUGGCCGUCCGGAGUGUUCCCUGCCCAAGCACAGCGAGGAGGAGCUGGGUCACAGGUCCUGGUGACAUCACGGGACAAUUACUGCCACAGAGCUGGAGAAGCUCGGGCUUGGUGACAGUGUGGACCUGCACGUGUAUGAGAUUCCCGUCGAGUACCAGACAGUCCAGAGGCUCAUCCCUGCCCUGUGGGAGAAGCACAGCCCACAGGUGAGUGGGGCGAAGGCAGGUGCUCCCUCAUCAGGACCCGCAGCUCGUGGUGCAUGUGGGGGUGUCAGGCAUGGCGACCACGGUCACACUGGAGAAGUGCGGGCAUAACAAGGGCUACAAGGGGCUGGACAACUGUCGCUUCUGCCCCGGCUCCCAGUGCUGCGUGGAGGACGGCCCAGAAAGCAUUGACUCCAUCAUCGACAUGGACGCUGUCUGUAAGAGGGUCACUACUCUGGGCCUGGACGUGUCCGUGACCAUCUCACAGGAUGCCGGAAGGUACCUCUGUGACUUCACCUACUACACCUCGCUGUACCAGAGUCAUGGCCGCUCAGCCUUUGUUCACGUGCCUCCCCUGGGCAAGCCCUACAACGCAGACCAGCUGGGCAGGGCACUUCGGGCCAUCAUCGAGGAGAUGCUGGAUGUCCUGGAGCAGUCAGAAGGCAAAAUCAGCUGUCGCCACAAACACUGAGAGCCUCUUGGGCCUCCCAAGAUCUCGUCCUACUAGAGACCCCUGGAGGGAUGUCCGCCCUCCCAGGACCUGGCCAAGGAGGAUCAGCGCAUCAGCUGGGGAUCGGAUUUGGAUCAAUAUUCCGACUUACACACUUCCUCUCCCUUCUUCCUCUGAGAAAGGGCUGGUCGCCUGGAAGGAGGUGGCUGAAAAUUUUUUUCUCUAUUUCCCUUUGCAUCUGGGGACACAGCCCCAGUGACUGGGAAGCUGGUGGCUUCUGAUCUCCGCAGGGAAUCCCGGUCAGGUGGGUCUUUGCUCUUGAGCCCUCAGCUGGGGCCACCUGCUCACCUGCUUUUCUAAGUCUCUGAUGAAGGGAUUCUGGAGUUCCCUCCGUCCAUGACUGGUUUUUCCCAAACUUAAAACCUCCUUGAAGAGUCUUUGCCCUGAAUCACAUCGCAACAGUCGGGAUGGCCCCAGAAAGGGCUGCCCUGGGAUAUGGCUGGAGCUUUUUUUUCUUCUCUUUCUUAUUCUCUUUUUUAAAAACAAUAGUGCUAGUUUGGGCACAGAGGAAUUUAUAUUCCCUUUGGUUAAAAGGCAGGAUUUCGUGGACAGCAACAUGUCUUUUCUUUUUCCUGGGAUGCAGCCCUGUCUUGCCUCUUUCUCUGAAAACAGGACCCACGUCUUUGUAUUGGAGCUGACAUCGAGUUCCCCUUCCUCAGGGCCAGCGGGGCCUUUAGCCAGGCCGUGGGAGGGAGGUGGGGGAGAGGGGGGUGGAAGCUGCUGCCCCAGGUGGUUAAAAAGGUGAGCUGACCCUUUUGACGCCAGAGCCAUGAGCUGUACCCUUGGGGACUCUGGAGCAGGGGUGGGAAAACAGCCCUUGUCAUUUUGACCUUGCACAUGACUUUUUUUUUCUUAUAUGUAAAAAUCUGUAGCAGCUGCAAACCCACCCCACAUGUGACCCAGAGUUUUGCAGGCUUGGUGCUGGGGACCAGCUUCUUCUUCUCCUUAAGUGGGGGUGGGGGGGUGGGGAGGCACAGAAUGGGGCCUGGGGGCUGGAGUUUGCUGGUCUCCAUGUGUGCUGGCGUGCUUGAGCAGGAAGGGGGUGGAGCGGCCAGUGGGCUUCUGUAUAGAUGGUUCUGGAGACGGGCCCAGGACUCAGGAGUAAAUUUUGAUCUCACUCCCUGGCAACUUUGAACUUAGCAACCAGGGAUGAGAGGAACGUCCCUGGGAGGCCACUGAACUCAGCAGGACCUUGAUAUCCAUCAGAAGAAAAGAAUGACAACAGCAGCAGGGACGCCAACUGAGGAAAACACACAUUUUGGAAGUGUUCUCCUAUCUGGGGGGUGGGGUGGGAGGAAGACGGGGUUUUUAUAAUUUCCCGAAGUGCGAGGUGUGCUGGAGUCUGAUGCGGGUUGGAUCAUGUCAGUGUUACCCAGCAUGCAGUUCUUCCUAAAACAGAUGAGAUGCUUGUUUUGUUUCGUUUUCUUAAACACUCACCUUCUUGGCCUCUUGUUCUCAUGGCCAGGGGAGUUCCUGCCUCGGCUGAGGCUCUGCGGCUUGGGAACCAUGUGGACGGGUUUCUGAGUUAAAUGCAUUUUCUGGAUCCCGGGUUUUCUCUGGAGGGGAAAGUGGCUCCAGGUGGGUGACUCGGGGCCUGCACUUGGCAGUGAGUGUGGCCUAUGGCUGGCAGGUUGAACUGGGACUCUGCCCUUCCCUCCAUGCCAGCCUGCCGUCUGCCAGAAAUGCCCUGUUUACAUCCCCCAACUGAGAUUGUCAUCUCCUGAGAAAUCUGCUGUGUAGAGUUCUGUGAGCAGAAAUUGUAGCUGUUCUGGAUGUGGGGAGCUCGGGAGGAUAUCCCCAGAGGUCUUAAUGAGAACAUUAGGCUUCCUCUAACUCUGUUCCCCAAAGGUCUGAUCUACAGGGGUGUGAGGGAGGAAACGAAUUCAGGCAAGAUGAGGAGGAAAAAGAGGGGGAACCUGGAGAUGAGCCAGGCCUCAGCUUAGCUGGGUACCCACUAGAACCUGGACAUACCAUCCCCAAACUCCACAUUUUCAUCUUUCCUUUGUCUUCAUUUUGCCUCUCUGUUUAAAGCACCAUGUGAUUCAGAAAUUUAGAAGUAUAACUUAUUGUCUGAUCGUUGUUGAGUGUAUGUGUGUCAUUUUUGUGUUUCUGCAACGGUUUUAGGUUUUCUCAUCAAGUCAAGCUGGAAUCCUGUCCUCGUCCACGACGCAGAGCAUUUUGCUCAUUCUCAUUUAAUCAGACAGCCAUUAAACACUUCACUCACUUACUGCCAGCUUUUUUUUUACUUUGAUUUUCCACUUUAAAAAUUGGAAAAAUGUUUCUUCUUUUGGGCAAACUCAUCUGUUCUCUCCAUGGUGUGUCGUUGGGUCUCGGACUGAAAUGUCCCCCGUGAGAAGGGAGAACGUAGGCCCAUUCUUGCUCCCUUGUUCUUUGCAGAGUCUCAGGCGGAGGUGGGCCCACAGAAGGGGGAGGAGGGAUGGGUCUGUGAAGUGGGUGUGGCUUGGCAGGGUGUGGAGGGGAGAGAUGCGAAUGGUUGGGCUGCAGGUGUUCCAGGUAGAAGAAUGGGCAGAGGGAUGUGGUGGGAAGGCUGCUGGGGAAUUUCUUGUAAGAAAGCAGAGUGGGGGCCUCUCUCUGGCCCCCCGUGGGGGUUGCUGAGGCUGGGGGAGAGGGGCAGCAAUGGUCAUCUGGGUGUCUGGUGGUAAUGUCUCCUUUAUGAUGUCAGACCCUCUACACCUGACACCUUUCUUCCUCUCUCGGCCCCUUCGGCUCCCCCUUGCUCACCGAAAAAAGAAGGCCAAUGUUAUGGACGUGAUCUUGUAGCUUGAAAAAGAAGUGAGACGUUAGUAAGAAGGAAAAAAAGGGAAGAAGCAGGAAUUGGAGUUGGUGGACUGGAUUUGCGCCACCUGGGCCACAUGGUCCAAUCAGGGAACAGCCAAGGUCCCUUGGCCAUGGGGAGAGACAAGAGCAGGUGGGGGACAGAAAUCAUGGCUUCCCAAGAGGCGCCAGGCCUUUGCGGAAUUGUCCAAUUGCAGUGGUUUUGGCAAGGAAAGUCGUUUUCAGCUGCCUUGCUCUUGGCUGGCAUGGUGACUUCUAGAACAGAAAAGACCUGACCAGGGGGAUGGCUGGAAAAGGAGAUUCAGGAUGCCUUUUUUUGUCUUGGAAGUUUCUGUCAGGAAGCCAGGCCAGCUGGUGUGUGUGUGUGUGUGUGUGUGUGUGUGUGUCCGCUCCCAUGCCUAUGUGCCCUGGGGUGGGGGUGGAGGGGCGACUGGGCCAGGGAGGGGAGCUGCUCCUGGAAAUCCACCCACUGCCCUGGCCUCUUUUCUGCUGCCACUGUCUAGACUGUUGACCUUUGACCUCUCCACCCCUUGGAGUGUUUAAACCCAAAAGUCCCCUUUGCAGGGACAAAGCCCCAUUCUUCUCCUUGGGCUCCAGCCUCCGUGGCAGCCUGCAGCCGGUGUGCGGCGCUGGUGGUCCCUGUGGGCAGAGCCUGGACACUCAUUCCCAGAUGGCUCCCCGAGGCCACAAAUCCCACAUAUCCAGCAGACCGAAGAGGGCUUUUGGUUUUAUAUCCCAGAUGAAAUUUCCCUUCCCCAGGCACAAGUGCCUCAUAAGGGCCUGGGGCUGCUGGCCAGGAGGGAGAGCAUCUCUAUUUUUGCAGCAGGGAAGUGAGGUCCAGCCCUGAGCUCCCCUGGCCAUUUUUCUCUCUUCCCACUCCCCUGCCCCGCCCCAGGCCUUAUUUUCAGCUGCCCUGAGACUCACAGAAGUGCCUGCCUCUCCAGUAAGCAUGGGGCACAGAGAAAGAGGAUGAGCUGGGAAAGAGAGAAGAAACCCAGGCUCUGCGGGGGCGGGGGGGAUCCUGGCCCCCCCAGGGCCCAGCCCAGGGUCACCAGAGCCAUUUACAGAGCUGGGGGUCUUGGGUGAGCGACUUCUGAGGCUGGCACAGUUUGUCUCUAGCGAAUUCCCAGUUUGGAAUUGGGCUCUCUGCUCCCAAGGCCUGUGGCAUCCCCAGGGACCAGGGAAGCCACAUCUGGGUCUUGGGAAGCAGAGCUGGCUUUCUGCCCACCCUGGGGGGACCUGGCGCAUUUCUGGGGCUCCCUUAACAUCUCAGGUUUCUAGCUCAUCCUAAAUGUCUCUUUAGGAAAAGCCUUUCCUACCUAAGGUAACUGGGUUUUCUGUCCCCCCAGGUGGGCCUGUCCCCUGAGCCCCGGGGUGGCCUCUCCCUGACCCCCAGAGUUCCCUAUGAGUGCCUUGUCUGAAACUGUCCUGUCUGGGAGCCCAGGCUGGGGAAGGGUCGGCCAUGACUUUGCUGGGUGCUGGGCUCUGGAAGGUCCCAAACUUGACACCCCAGGAAGCAAAUAAAACAGUUGAAAUAUGUGA